CUUGAGUGACGCGCGGAGCAGAGCGACAUAAGAGAGAGAAGGUGGGAACUCCACUCCACGUCUUUCCGCGAUCGAUUGCUUCUGUCUGAUCUCUGAUGUUAAAGAUGGAUGCCUGCCGCAAUUGCUAAUAGACACUGGAAGAGAAGGAGGCCGGGUCGUGUUUGAACGUGUAUUUCCCUCUUUUUUUUUGGCCGAGGCUUGCUGAGCUACAGCAUGACCACAGCAGUGACUGCUCAUCUGGUAGUUCUGGCAAAUGAAAAUGGAGGAGGUUUCAAUGUCCAGCCUGGACAACAGCAAGCUGGAGGGUCUAGCUCAGGACAUCCUGUCUGACCUGGUGGAGGAUGCAUGCCUGGGCCUCUGCUUCGAGGUCCACCGGGCUGUCAAGCAGGGAUACUUCUUCCUGGAUGACACGGACCAAGAAAGCAUGAGAGACUUUGAAAUCGUGGACCAGCCGGGUUUGGAUGUGUUCGGCCAGGUGUACAACCAGUGGAAGAACAAAGAGUGCGUGUGUCCCAACUGCAGCCGCAGCAUCGCCGCGUCGCGCUUUGCGCCGCACCUGGAGAAAUGUCUGGGGAUGGGACGCAACAGCAGCCGCAUAGCCAACCGCAGAAUAGUGACGGGUAACAACACCAACAACAAGUCCGAGAGUGAUCAAGAAGACAACGAUGACGUCAAUGAUAACGACUGGUCUUACGGGGCGGAAAAGAAAGCCAAAAAAAGGAAAUCAGAUAAGAAUCCAAACUCGCCCAGAAGAUCCAAAUCAUUUAAGCAUAAGAGCAGCAUGAUGGGCCCUCGGCGUCGCAUGGACAACCAGGAAAGCCCGCGCAUGCUGAUGAAAGAUGAGGCAUUCCCUCAAUAACACACGCACACACACACACACACGCACACACAGGAAGACCAACAGUACUUUAAUCAUGUGAAAUGUUGGUGUUUUUGGUGACUUUUUCUGCAGACUCUGACCUCUCAAUUUAUACUUGACACAUUUUUGUUUUUUAACGCCCGCCCACAUACAGACACUGGCUUUCAAUGUAACAAUGAAUCAUUUUACAUAUUCCAAGCGUAUGUACAGUAAAAUCACUCGGUGUCCUAGCAAGAUUUAUUACAAAAGUGAGGGCUUUUGUAUUUCAUUGCAAUUUUAAAAAAAAAGAAAAGAAAAAAAAAGAAAAUCUUAUUUUGUACAUUUAAGGGUCACAUUACGUUUCAGAGAAUCGUUAUAAGGAAUGAUUUGUCUUUUUGUUGUUUUUACAUCCAGUUAUUUGUGUGUAUUUGAAAGAGUUAUCAUUCACCAGCGAGUGAUUUAAUCGAAUUGUACAAGCAGUUAUUUUGCGACACAAAGCGGGUGUCCUUUUUAUUUUUUAUUUUUAGGAAGGUGGGAAAAUGUUGUGUUUACAUUGUAAAAGGGUUACAGGUGUGAUGUGACAGUGUAAAUAUUCCA